AUGUCUCUGUCGGCCCUUCCCAGGACAUUCUUGUUCCCUCCAGCUGCUCGCAGUCGCAAGCAGAGACGCUUCGUAUUCUCGCCAUCUCCUAAUAAGGUCUCUGAAUCUGGUGCUUUUGUUAAAAGCGCUUCUGGAUUCUGUAAUUUUAUUUCCAGGGAUCCAAAUUCUCCUUUGCCUGCCGAAUGUGGAAGAUACCAUCUUUAUUUGUCGUUUGCCUGUUCCUGGUGCCUUGCAUACUUGAAGAUUAAAGGACUUGACAAGAUCAUUGGGCAUAUGGUAGUCAAAUCGAAGUGGGGGAGAACAAAAGAUGGAGACACAAUUAUCGGAUGGGUUUUCCCUGCUUCCAAUGCUGAAGAACCUGGAGCAGAGCCUGACCCUAUAAAUGGAGCAGGAGGUGUGAGAGGACUUUACGAGUCCAAUUACUCUGGAAAAUAUUCAGUUCCUGUUUUAUGGGAUAAGAAGCUGAAGACAAUCGUGAACAAUGAGAGCUCAGAGAUCAUUCGCAUGCUUAAUUCUGAGUUCAAUGGUUUAGCUUAGAUUCCCAGUCUUGACCUUUAUCCUCCUCACUCAGCCCAGAUAGACGAAGUUAAUGGAUGGAUAUACAACUGCAUAAACAGUGAUGUUUAUAAGUGUGGGUUUGCUAAGCAGCAGGCGCCUUUUGAAGAGGCUGGGGAGAAGUUAUACAAAGCUCUGGCCAAAGGAAGAAACGUUCUAUUGAUUCCAUUUAGCAAUCAGCGCUUUAUUUGUGGCAAUAUACUAACCAAGACGGAUAUCCGGUUGUUCGUCACAAUCAUAAGAUUUGAUGAGGUAUGAUUGAUUCUCCAAUGCACUCUUUUUUUCGAUUUACUAAUGCAUACAAUACAGUAGUUUCAUCAUUGAACAAUAAAUAUCAGAACUUUCAGGAUGCACCUAUGAAUCGUUUGGUUUGGAUUGGGAAAUAUUUAGAUUUUCUAUCGACAAAAAUAACCCUUUCUAU